CGUGCUGUGAAUAUUCAUCUGCAGCUGCUUUCAUCAGGGUACAAGCAGAUAGAAGGGGUGACAGCUGCGCGCUCCCGCGGACGUGCCCGCCUCCGGCCCGCCGUUGCCACAGUAACCGUUUGUUGACCGCAGACCGAGGACCGAAAGGCGGAUACGCUCGGUGGGUUUCAUCCGCACGGAACAAGUGGAGAAGAUGUCUGUCCUGGACCUCAGCCCCCAGCAGGGGGAUGAACCCAGUCUAACCAAUAUGGAGCUGAGCCUGAACAGCUCCGAGCUCUUCACAGCACAAUGCAAGAGACUGCUCGUGGAAACUGACAAAGCAUGCAAACGCAUGCAAGAGGAUGACAACAAGCAACUCGACCGGUGGAUCAGAGACAUCCAGUUUGUGAAGAAGGAGCUGGAGCUGAAGCUGGAGGAGAUGACUCUGGAGAUUGAUGCUCUGGUGGUAUUGCAGGGCAGAGUGGUGAAUGCCCUGGAGGCCACCAAAGAGCCGCUGAGAGUCACUGUUCUCUGUCUGGAGGAGAGAAUGAAUCGUUUCCCUUCUGAGAAGCUGCACGGUGGCGUGGACAGAGAGCUGCUGAAGGAGAGGGAUGUUAUUAAGGGAGUGGCGUCUCUUCUGCAGCGUGUCGUCGAGCAGAUCACGGAGCAGAUACGACUGAACCGAUCUGCCAAGUACCAUUUAGAGCAGGAUCUGAAGGAGAAGUCUGAGGCCCAGUGCAUCGACAGCUCCUGUGCCCUAAUGACCUCCCAUUCUAUCAACAACCUGCAGAGGUCCAAAAACACCAAGACCGCUGCGCCUAGCUCGGCAGUGACUCCAAAGUUCUGGGAGAACAUCUCAGACAUAAACAUCGCAAAGGCGGAGCACCAGAAGACCAGCUCUCUGUCCCUGAAGGUCCUGGUGGAGUCUGUCCUGGAGCAGACGGCUGCUGACAUGCAGAAGCAGGUCCAGGCGACCACAGCAGCCUUUCAGCUCCACAUCCAGGACGUCAAGAAUGCCAAGAGCCAGAUGGAGGAGAAACUGCCAAAGAUCCUGUCUGAGAUUACCAGCCAGCAGAGGAUCAGGGAGGACCUCCAAGUGGCCAUCACAGAGAAUGAGCAGUGUUUGAGUUUGGCUCAGGCCCGGCUGGCGCUGCGCCGCCAGAGGCCUGGCAAAGAGCAGUGCUACGAUGCAGUACAGUCGCAGCUCCUCGCCGAGGUCCAGCAGCUCACCGCUAACAUCCGCAGACUGCGUGAGGAAGUGGCCCGGUCCGAGGACGUGCAGAAGGCUCUGGUCCGCUGCCAGCUGGAGCUGCAGGAACACAUCGAGGUGAAGGCCAACGCUCUCUACAUCGACGAGGUCAUCUGCUCCCAGCACAGGGAGCCCAUCAUCAUCCACAGCUUCUGAGCAGCAGGAAGGUCUAUGUGUGUGCAGGAUUUGUUUAAAAUGCAGUCAGAUAAAAUGUACCUGUAAGUUUCUAUCAGUGUCUCCUUUUCACUUGAUCUGAACAUCGUCUCAGAGGGAUUUGCUGUUGGUGUAGGAGUGGUGGAGCACUCACGCUGUCCUACAACAGCUCGUAUUUAUGUGUCAGUUUGUCGUAUCUGACAUUUAGUAAAACCCAGCUUCUUCAUGUGAACCAGAAUUAAAGAGAGAUUCAUCAGUUUCUAA